AAACCAGCAGGCUAUUAUUCCAUGAACAGCAAUGGAUCGGAGGGAUGCAUCUGCAGGCACCUUGCCCAAUGUUACCGACUUUGGUUUCCAUGAUUUCAUCAAUGAGCCUAACUUCGAGCAGUUUAUUGAGCUCAUCAGAGGAGAAAGCGCGGAUUCUCUCGUGAAGUUCUGCCCCAAUUAUGAUUGUGAGCACAUGAAUGGUUGUUUGGAUGAUAACCAGUUUGGCUCAUCCGUGGGAGAAUUGUUUGAGUUCGACCCUGCAACUGCAACUGCAACUGCAACGGUGUCGAAUCCUGAUUCGGUUAUCGACUCACUGCCGAGCAUUGAUGGGGAGAUGAAGGGAGGGGAAGAGAUUGAUGGGGAGGAUUCAUCCGGGAAUACUACCACUACACCCACAAAGGGGACCAAGGUUGAUAGGUCCAGAACUUUGAUUUCAGAGAGGAGAAGAAGAGUUCGAAUGAAGGAGAAACUCUAUGCGUUACGUUCCUUGGUUCCUAACAUAACUAAGAUGGACAAGGCCUCCAUUGUUGGAGAUGCUGUCCUGUAUGUGCAGCAGCUGCAGAUACAGGCCAAGAAGCUAAAAGCUGAGAUAGCGGGCCUUGAAUCUUCAUUAGUGCUGGGAGCAGAGAGAUAUAAUGGCUUAGUGGAAAUCCCCAAGAAGAUUCAAGUUGCACGCAGCCACCAUCCCAUGGGCGGGAAGAUUUUUCAGAUGGAUGUGUUUCAAGUGGAGGAAAGAGGGUUCUAUGUGAGAUUGGCGUGCAACAGGGGGGAAAGGGUGGCGGUUUCGCUGUACAAGGCGCUUGAAUCCCUCACCGGCUUCAACAUUCAGAGCUCUAACUUGGCCACAUUUUCAGAGACUUUUGUAUUGACAUUUACUUUGAAUGUUAGAGAAUGUGAUGAAAGCAUGAACUUGCCAAAUUUGAAGCUAUGGUUAACUGGGGCUCUUCUGAACCAGGGAUUUGAGUUCAAAACACUUCCAUCCUCAUAAUUUACUUCUACAAAAUAAUUUCUGUAUGUGAUCAUAAGGUCUAAUUUCAAAUGGACUUGAUUCCAUAACAAGUAGCAGCGAAUCCCAUACAUGGGUGCAAGUCAUUAGUCAGUACAGAAGUCCCAGGGUACAUGAAUCCCAGUAUCAAUUUUUCCCCCCGGUUUCGUGUAGCCGCAGAUGCAAUACAUUUUGGACAUGGUUGAUGACAUGUAUCAUCAAUUCAAAUCAGUGAAAGUCAGCUUGAUUAAUUAGUGUCAGAGCUGUGGUAUCAUAUUUUGAUCAUGAAGCUAACUUAACUAAGGGGAGUUGAUGCCUCCCUCACAAGAUGGGAAUUUACUGCUUGAUCUUGUGGGUGAGAGUUGAGAAGUAUCAUUGGUUUGUUUUGUUCUGGGUUCCAUCUUUUUCUUCUCAAAAAUGGUUGUCAAGAGGAUGGCAAAAGAAGGCCCACAUGUUAAGGAACAUGCCAUUGUCCAGCCCAAUUCAAGCAUGAACUGUCUAAGCCCAAUUCUAUUACAUAAACAAUAAGUCAUUUGUUAAGGUGGUGUUUGGUAACUUAAGUUAACUUUAAGUUAUAUUAUACUUAAGUUAUUGACUUA